UUCCUCCGUGUCAAAAUUCAUACACAACACAACAGUUUCUUCUUUCUUUCUUUCAGACUUUUUGCAGAAAGUUUUAACUUUUUAGCAAUGGCAGGAAUCGUUGUGAUUUUUGAUUUUGAUUUUACUAUUGUUGAUGUUGAAAGCGAUAAUUGGAUUGUUGAUGGACUAGGUUUUACUGAUUUGUUCAAUCAACUCCUCCCCACCAUGCCUUGGAACUCUCUCAUGGGUAGGAUGAUGAAGGAGAUUCAUUCACAUGGAAAAACCACUGAAGACAUUGCUGAAGUCUUGAAACGUAUUCCGGUUAUUCCCAGGGUUGUUCCCGCCAUGGAGGCCGCCCACGCUCUAGGGUGUGAGUUGAGGAUUCUUAGUGAUGCAAAUACGUUCACCAUUGAGACAGUCUUGAAGCAUCUUGGAGUAAGGGAUUAUUUCUCCGAAAUUAACACAAAUCCAGGAUUUGUGGAUGAAGAAGGGAGAUUAAGGAUUUCUCCUUAUCAUGAUUUUACUAAAUCUCCCCAUGGCUGCCCCCGUUGCCCACCAAACAUGUGCAAGAGUCCUAUACUGGAAAGAAUCCAAGCUUCAAUAUCAAGAGAAGGAAAGAGAAUAAUCUAUAUUGGAGAUGGAAGUGGAGAUUAUUGUCCAAGUUUGAAGCUCAGAGAGUCAGAUUAUCUGAUGCCAAGGAAGAAUUAUCCAAUGUGGGAUUUAAUUUGCAAAAAUCCAAAGCUUGUAAAGGCAGAACUUCGUGAAUGGUCUGAUGGGGAAGAGCUCGAACAUAAUUUGAUUCAUCUUAUUAAUGAAAUUUCUGCGGAAGAGAGUAAUGGAAACUCUGCACAGUUAUCCUCAGCUGAUUGCAAGUUGCAUAAUAUAUCAAUUGCUGUCCAUGAAACCUUCCCUGAACCUCUCUUUGUUCCUCAUUAAUGGUAUCAAUUGUUGUCUACCAUAUCAACUAUUUUUAUUUUUUUAAGCUUUCUUGGUUUAACAAGAAGCAUGUACCUUUGUAAUGCUAUUUCUGAUCAAGCAUUGAUUCGAGAAAAUAAUCUAUGUACCUAGUUUGAUUUCACCUGUAAAUCUAUGGUUUAGGCAUAAAGUUUCGAUGUUAGAUAGGUAAGCAAAGGUUCUGAAUUAAUAAAUGUAGGUUAGUUUUUUGAGUGGA